GAGUUAGGAGAACUUAAUAUCAGGUUCUUUCCACAGAAGCUUGACACAAAAUACCACAGCAUCCACCAUGGUCCACUUUGAUGAUAAUGAGAUUAAGUGCAUUAACAGUACAUGGACUCAAGUAGAUCCUAAAGUUGUUGGAGGAGAGGCUCUUUCUAGGCUUCUUAUUGUCUACCCCUGGACCCAAAGAUACUUUCCUGGCUUUGGUGACCUGGGUUCCGCUGAUGCCAUCUGCCACAAUGCCAAGGUGAUAGCUCAUGGUGAAAAGGUUGUGCGGUCUAUCGGUGAAGCCUUACAUCACCUGGACAACAUCAAGGGGCACUAUGCCAAGCUGAGCGUUUACCACUCUGAGAAGCUGCAUGUGGAUCCAGCCAACUUCAGGCGUUUUGGACGCGUCCUGAUCAUUGUCCUGGCUCAUAUCUUCCAAGAUGCAUUUACCCCAGAAGUCCAGACUGCCUUUGAGAAGGCAUUCUGUGUGAUUGCUGACGCUCUGAGCAAGGGCUACGUCUAAAUCAUCCUUACACCAGCAAUAAGGAGUCUCACGCUACAAGUCUACAUCCCUGCACAGCAUAAACCUGCAAGAAUAUCAAUGAUCUUCAGUGUUAGAAAUGUAGUGAUUUAAAUAAGCUCCCAAUAAAAUCAAGUGUUCUCCAAAA